UGCGGAGCGGUAGGAAGAUGGAGGGAAGCCAUCGUGCCGGUCCACGAAUCGCAAUAAAACGAGCGGUUCGCAGCACCCGACCCACCCGCAUUCCUCCGCAUCGGGAUCAGAUCCAGAACAUGGCGGUGUACGAGCUCAUCAAGGCCGCCGACGAAGGAAGCGCCGCCUCCGCCGCCGCCGAUCCAAACCACAAAGCCCUCUCCCUCGCCGUCGACAGUCAGAGGGACCUGGAAAACGGCGCCGGAGAAGGCGUCGUGCCGCCGGGUAAGGCCGAGUCCCCGGCUCUGAAGCGCGCGCCGCGACUCGUGUCGCUCGAUGUCUUCCGAGGCCUCACCGUCGCGCUCAUGAUCUUUGUAGACAACGUGGGUUCAUAUUUCCCUGCUAUCAACCACUCUCCCUGGGAUGGUGUAGCCCUUGCUGAUUUUGUGAUGCCACUUUUCUUAUUUAUAGUUGGAGUGGCUCUUGCAUUGACUUAUAAGAGAAUCUCAAACAAAGCCAUGGCAACCCAAAAAGCAGUACUUCGAGCAAUGAAGCUCUUUUUUGUUGGUCUUGUAGUUCAAGGUGGCUAUUUCCAUGGUCUUUAUGAUUUAACAUAUGGAGUUGAUAUUUUGAGAAUACGAUGGAUGGGUAUCUUACAGAGAAUAGCAAUAGCAUAUCUGUUAGCUGCAAUAUCUGAAAUCUGGCUUAGAGUUGAUCAAGAUGUGGAGUCUGGAUAUUCCUUGGUCCGACGAUACCGAUUGCAACUGUUGGUGGGUCUUGCCCUAACAUCCAUUUACAUGGUUCUUCUUUAUGGUCUAUAUGUUCCUGAUUGGGAGUAUCAGAUAUCUGUGACUGGCUCCACAUUGAGGACCUUCUCAGUUAAAUGUGGUAUGAGAGGUGACACAGGACCUGCUUGCAAUUCUGCUGGCAUGAUUGACCGCAGAGUCUUUGGCAUCCAACAUCUACACAGACGCCCUGUGUAUGAAAGAACUGAGCAAUGCAGUAUAAACUCACCAGCUAGUGGUCCUCUUCCACCUGAUGCUCCUUCAUGGUGCCAAGCUCCUUUUGAUCCCGAAGGAUUACUCAGUUCUAUGAUGGCAAUUGUCACUUGCUUGAUUGGAUUGCAAUUUGGGCAUGUUAUCAUACACUUUGAGGAUCACAAGGAGAGGAUCGUGCAGUGGAUGAUUCCUUCCUUUUGUCUAUUAGCACUAGCCUUUUCAUUGGAUUUCUUUGGAAUGCAUCUGAACAAGGCUUUAUACACGCCGAGUUACACCUGCAUCACUGCUGGGGCUGCUGGGGUCAUGUUUACUGGAGUAUAUGUGCUGGUCGACGUCUAUGGCUACAGGAAGCCAACCUUGGCCAUAGAAUGGCUGGGGACGCAUGCACUCAUGGUCUACAUUCUAGUAGGUUGCAACAUCUUCCCUUUAUUUAUCCAGGGGUUCUACUUGAGGGAACCUGAGAACAAUAUCUUGAAGAGCAUUGGUGUUUCCUAAACAUCGUCUAUGAGGACUUUUGGGCCACUCUCCUUACAUUGGACGUAGUGAAGCUCUUCUUGUAUUUCUAUCAAGCAUUAAUUUUAUGUUGCACUUCAAUGAAUCUAAUUAUACAAGAACUACUAACAUGCCAAAAUAAUAUAGGAAAGAGUUGUCUAGAUCAAAACAGUGUUGUGUUGAUCACAGUUUAAACAUGUUAAAAGGCACGAAUGCAUUAUGCAAUCCAUGCCGAGGAACGCGUUAACUUUUUACUAGCUCCCUCUACUUUCCUUCACUUCCUGCCAGUGCACCACUGACGAUGGUCCAUGGCCCAGGGCCCCAGGCCAUGUGAUGAACCAGUGAACCACCACCUAUUAUCUUAACUUCUUCCUUUAAUUCAAUACCAUUUCACUGUGUGAGAAUUGAGAUGAAGACAAAACCCUUGGGAGUUUUUGCACGGUAGCUAGAGUGGAUGGGGCCACUCAGACAGCUGAGGUUGUCUCAAACUCAACACGGAUGGAUUUGUCGACUUGACCGGCUGCCUCUUCCUUUUGUAAGUCUUCUCUUCUUCUUUUGUAGCUUGUAGCUUUUGCCGAGUGUUUUGUUCACGUUACCGAUCGACGUCAUAUUAAUGAUAUUUGAAAACCUUUUUUCGUGAAUAA